AUGGCCGCGACGUCAAACCCGUCCCCCUCAUCACCCUUCGUCGAACCCUCCGCGCGUGUCGUUCCCUCACGCGCCCGACCUCCACUGAAUUCCUCCCAGUCGGCGCCUUCUCCCACCUCCGGCUCGACCAACGCCCAGCAUCGCCUUCAACACUCGAGUCAUCCGUCCCUCAGUUCGCAGCGGUCGGGCGGCUUCCUCGCCUUCUUCGACCGGACCCUCGCCGGCAUCGCAGAACCGCGAAUCCGCCCGCGCCAAUCACUCUCUCGCAUUUCCACCAGCCCCGAAACGCUCCCCAGCGGCCAGUCCAGCCCAGAGAAAGGUUCUCGCAGCAGCGCCCGUCCCCCGUCUAACCACGCCGGCCAGGCGGGGUUGCAGUCUAGCACGGACAGCAGACAACCGAGCCCGACUCUUGUCCUGGGCGAUCCCCCCUCGCAGCCGUACAGCGAAACAGAUCCAUCUCUCCCAGAACCAACAAUUCUUCCUCGUUUCGACAACAAGAUGCACCAAACCUCCUCGCGGCUGCUCCGCAUGACGGACGAUGACCGCCCGUACACCAAGGAUUUCAAAGAUCUUUUUGCGACCUUGAUAGUCAGCCUGUUGCCACUCUCGGCGCAUCGCGUGCGGCUGACAAAGGUGGAACACACUUUCUUGUCCGAGGAUGCUAUCAACAACCUGGGCUCGCUCAAGUUCUCCCAAUCUAACCGGAUGCCCGAUCCAAAAGAUCCGUCGAGGAUCGUAACGACGACGACGACAACGACUUUCUCAAUGGCCAAGGAUAUGGCCCGCUCCAUUUGCCAACGAUUUCUUGAAGCCAGAUUUAUCGAGUCGGCGGACGGGAAAUACCAGUCGGUGUACACGAUGAAGGGCGUGGUAUGGCAGUUGACUCCCAAGGGCAUCUCGAUCCUAGACCGAUUCUGCUCGCGGAAUGGCAUUCAGCAGAAGCAAGUCGCGGAGCUGAUUGGUGCCGCCCUGCCACAGUUGGUGAGCCUCGAGCGUGAUGGCCAGUCGGACAAGCUACUCACGGACCGUGGCACGGUCGAGGUGAUCUUCCGGCGGUUUAUCGGUGGCGUUAAUGGCUUCAACAUCAAGUCAAGCGUGAGCUCGGCCGAUUCAGACUCGUUAAGCGAUUACCGAGACGGGCUUACUGGCGUCAAGAUGGCUGCGGAGCGCAAGGUGGGCGGCAGAACGUUCAAGGAUACCUUUACUGGCAAGGCAGCGUCGGAUUGGCUGUUGGACUGCUCAACCACCGUCGAUAAGCGCGAGACCUACGAGAUCGCCGCGCUGUUUGUGGAGUACGACCUUAUGGAAGCCGUCCAACAAGACCGAUCCUUUGCGCUACAGCACCCGGCGCACAGCUUGUUCCAACCAACAAAGCACGCCAUCUACCAAGUCACAGCUAAGGGGAGGGAUCUUGCGAAUGGUGCCCUAGCCCGCGGCCGCGCAUCGGAGAGUGAAGGGGUCUCCGCUUCGCGAUCGGGCGGAAUUGCCCGUGACUCCAAUACCCAACGCCUAGACAAGAUCCUUAACGAUGCGGCACUUCGUCUGCUCUUCCGUGAGAACCUCCGCGAGACCCAUUGCGAGGAGAACCUGUCUUUCUACCUUGAUGUCGACGAGUUCGUCCGGCAGUGCAGGCAAGCUAUUCGGGCGGCGCAAAAGAACCCUAACAACGCGGCAUCUCUCGAUGGGAUCAAGGAGAUCAUGGCCCAGGCCUACGGGAUAUACAAUGCCUUUUUGGCCCCAGGCUCCCCAUGCGAGCUGAACAUCGACCACCAGCUGCGGAACAACCUGGCGACCCGCAUGACUAAGGCAGUGGGGCAGGACGUGGCCAUGAUUGACACGCUCCACGAGGUCACGGCGCUGUUCGAGGACGCUCAGAAUGCGGUCUUUAAACUGAUGGCUAGUGACUCGGUUCCCAAGUUCCUACGCAGUCCCAAGUACGAGCAGACGCUCAAAAACUACGAUUUCGAUUCCAUCACGAGUAACCACCAGACCGGCCGUGUGCCUGAGCGGAGCCAGAGCAGGUCAAAGCGGAAUUGA